AAAAGGUCAAAAACUUCCCCACCGUCUCUCUCUUUCUCUCUGCGCAGACAAAGAAACUUUGGAGAUGCUCUAAAAACUACAUGUCUACAGAAGAUAAGACGUGAAGAUUUUCUCCACAAACUUUCAGACAAGCCCUCCCAAAAAUUCUGUUUUUUAUUUUUCGUUCCUUUCUAUUGAUUUUGAAAUGGGAAGCAAAUGGCGAAAAGCAAAACUAGCUUUGGGUCUAAACUUGUGUCUUUACGUUCCCAAAACGCUUGAAGAGUCUUCCUCUCUCUCGAGAAGAUCCAACGACGCCGUUUCGGUUUCUCCCGUAACGGUUCCACGGCCCACGACGCCGACUCCGUCCUCCUCUGGUCUCCGGUUGCCUAGGUCCAUUAGCAUAUCCUCAUCAAAGAAAACAUGUGCUAUAUGCUUAACGGCGAUGAAAGCAGGACAAGGCCACGCAAUCUUCACAGCAGAAUGCUCUCACUCGUUUCAUUUCCACUGCAUCACCACUAAUGUUCAACACGGGAACCAGAUUUGUCCCGUUUGUCGUGCAAAAUGGAACGAAGUCCCUCUUCAGAUUCCUAAUGCAAAGUCUAAACCCCUUGUCAAACCUAUAACUCGACCAAGAGAUGAUGCAUGGAUGACAAUACCACCACGCAGGUCGUCUCUGAACCAAUCUUCUCCACGUCCUGAACGUCUAAGACCUGUCUCCACGAUCUUCAACAACGAGCCUGCUGUUUUCAAUGACGAUGAAGCUCUGGAACCUCAACACCAUCCUGCUGAAUCAUCCAAACCUUGUGGUGUCUCUGAGAAGCUGGAAGUUAAGACAUAUCCAGAGGUGUCUGAAGUGUUGAGAUCUGUUUCGUUUAAAGACUUCUCUGUACUGAUCAACCUAAAAGCUCCUGCUGUUUCAUCAUCUUCCUCUUCUUCCCGUGCCCCUGUUGAUCUUGUCACGGUUCUUGAUGUAAGCGGAAGCAUGGCGGGAACAAAGCUAGCGUUGCUGAAACGAGCAAUGGGGUUUGUGAUACAGAAUCUUGGCCCGUUAGACCGUCUCUCAGUGAUCUCUUUCUCCUCCACAGCACGACGUAACUUCCCUCUCCGUCUCAUGACCGAGACAGGUAAACAAGAGGCUCUGCAAGCUGUUAACUCUUUAGUCGCAAACGGUGGGACUAACAUAGCAGAAGGGUUAAAGAAAGGUGCGAGGGUUUUACUCGACCGUAGAUUCAAGAACUCUGUUUCAAGCAUUGUCCUCUUAUCAGAUGGUCAAGAUACAUACACCAUGACUAGUCCCAACGGUUCUUCUAAAACCAAAGAAACGGAUUACAAAGCCUUGCUUCCUAAAGAGAUCAAUGGGAACAAGAUCCCGGUUCACGCGUUUGGGUUUGGCUCUGACCACGACGCUUCCUUGAUGCAUUCCAUCGCUGAAAACUCAGGAGGGACGUUUUCUUUCAUAGAGUCUGAAACUGUUAUACAAGACGCCUUUGCGCAGUGUAUUGGUGGUCUUCUUAGCGUCAUGGUUCAAGAGCUAUGCGUUAAGGUGGAAUGUGUUCAUCCAAUGUUGAAGAUUGGUUCGGUUAAAUCUGGAAGCUACCGGUUUGAUUCGAGAACCGGUUCGAUCAUAGUCGGUGAUCUCUACGCAGAGGAAGAGAGGAACUUCUUGGUGAAUCUUGAUGUUCCUGUUGUUGAUGGGGUUUUAGAUACAAUGUCGUUGCUUAAGGUUGGAUGUGUUUAUAAAGAUCCGGUGACUAAAGAGACCGUUGAUUUGAGUAAUUCCGGCGAAGUGAAGAUUCUCAGACCAGUGUUGGAGCAAAGACCUGUGGUUUCUAUCGAAGUUGACAGACAGAAAAUCAGAUUACGUGCUGCGGAAGCAAUCUCUGAAGCUAGGGUUUUAGCUGAGAGAGGAGAUUUAACCGAAGCUGUUUCGGUUUUAGAGACAUGUCGUGGUGUUUUGUCGGAGACUGUGUCGGGAAAAGCGGGAGAUGCGUUGUGUGUGUCUUUGUGUGCAGAGCUGAAGGAGACGCAGGAGAGAAUGGCGAGCCGACAAGUGUACGAGAGUUCGGGUAGGGCUUAUGUACUUGCUGGUCUGAGCUCACAUUCUUGGCAGAGAGCCACGGCGAGAGGUGACAUGAGUGAUACUACUACGAUGAGUUAUCAGACACAGUCGAUGGUGGAUAUGGUGAAUCUUUCUCAGACCAUGACAUUCGGAUGCCCUAGGGAUAGUUCUAAUGUGAACUCGAGUUCGAAUCCUAGUCCUAAUCCCUCGGCUCGGAGGAGGCUCAGGCAAGCUCUCACUUUUCCGGCGAGGCCAAGAGCUAGGUGA